UUUGUGGGUCAGAGGCUCCUUGGCACGAUCUACAGGGUCCAAAACCAGCAUAUGCGUAUCCAUAAAAUGUCUCAAAAUAAGCAUACGCUGAGUCCAAAAAAAAAAGUUGGGAGUACACAAAUACUCGUUUUUUAUAAACCCAGUUCUACUCGAGAUUUGCCCUGACCCCCAUUUUCUUUUUAUACUAUGCUCUCUCUCUCCCGAUCCCACCGUUUGGACUGCGAUUGCUGCAGAGGUCACCGACCUUCCGCUAUCCAUUCCGCGUCACCAUCACAACCAAUCCAACCUCAGAAGGCUUUAAAUCGAUCCUCCACCUUCACCGCAUUAUUUUGGACCCCAUUGUUGGCCCAUUUUUUGUAGAGCCAGAAGCCUUCUUUCACCCUCUCUCUCGAUUACUCUUGUAUCACCAGGGAGGCAGAUCCCAGCGCCGCAUUUCAACUCUGCCGAUGUUGCCUUGAACUUCUUCAGUCUUUGAUCCAUGCACUGAUAUUAGCUCAGGGAAAGUACGGAAUGGAGACAGUGGUGGUGAACUUCUUAUGAGAAUUGGGUAGACUUUCUUUAGUAAAGUUGAUUUAAUUCUGUGGAAUGGCUAGCAAGGCAACUCAAAGUGGGUGGCCUGUUUAUCUCUACAUCCCCAAUCUUAUUGGAUAUGCAAGAAUAGUUGCGAACUCUGUUGCAUUUGGGUAUUGCUUUUCUGACAAGAAGAUCUUCACUAUUCUUUAUAUUGUCAGUUUUGUGUGUGAUGAGCUAGAUGGCCGGUUUGCUCGCAUGUUCAAUCAAGUGUCAACAUUUGGAGCUGUCCUCGACAUGGUAACGGAUAGGGUAAGCACUGCCUGUCUAUUGGUGGUCUUGUCUCAUUUCUACAGAUCUUGCUUUGGUUUCUUCUUGUUUUUGCUUGCCUUGGAUAUUGCUAGCCACUGGUUACAAAUGUACAGUACAUUUUUAUCAAGUAAGGUUAGCCACAAAGAUGUCAAAGAUAGCACAAGUUGGCUGCUCAGAGCAUACUAUGGGCACCGCUUGUUCAUGGGAUACUGCUGUGUUGGAUCUGAGGUUCUCUAUAUUGUCCUCUUUCUUCUUUCUACAAAUGAGUCGGGAAGUGUGAUUAAUGUUCUUGUGAAUGCCACAAAGCAAGGGGCUGUUCUUUCUGUUCCGGCUCUUAUAGCACUGCCUGGAUGGGCUAUCAAACAAGUGGUCAAUGUCAUACAGAUGAAGACAGCUGCCGAUGUGUGUGUUAAAUAUGAUAUGAACAGAAGAGAGAGGCCUUGAGGAGAAGAAGCAUGGGAGUUUCCUUCCCUUGUUGGUUCAUCUGAUCCCUCCGUUGUUUGGGCCAAUCCUUCUGAGUGUAUGAAUUCCCACACAGGAGAUUUUCAGUGGACAUGGUUUGAGAGCUUCAAAGAUUUAUGAGUUGUGUGAAGGGAUUGUUGCAUUUGUACGCUAGAAUUAUAGAUGCUAUAAAUUAAUGUCUGCCAUAAUUAGACGUCCAUUUGACGGUUUGUUUAAGCAGAUUAGAUGUGCAUUUGACUCGUCUGUUGAUUAGAAGCUAAGUCUUUUUCUCUUUUAAUGUCAACUUCGUUUCAUUUCUGUAAAUGUUUUUACAAGUAUAUGAGAAGGGGUGCACAAAAAGCCCUUAAGGCUGUUGGGCUA